AUGCAGAAAGAGACUGUGCCUUUAGUUGUUCUUGGAGGAGGAGGGCAUACGCAGGAGAUCAUUUAUAUCAUGAAAAUAGGUCCUUAUUUUUCAAAUAUCACAUUGAUCCAUGGCUCCUGUGAUUCUCUCUCAAAGAGUCUUUUUUUACAAGAAAUAUCCCCAAAGAAGCACACAUCAUAUAGUAUGCCUAGACCAAACAAUGUGCUUGAAAAGUACUCUGUGCUCCAGAUGAUAUGCUCCCUCUUUUCUGCCAUCAUGAUUAUUCUGCGCUCAAAAAGUGACUUUUUAAUAUGCAAUGGACCUGGAAUAUCAGUUCCUGUUGCUCUCGCGUAUAGACUGCUUCAUCCAGGCCGGCCAAUAUUCUAUAUUGAAAGCAUGACCCGUGUAAAGACACUUUCCGCUGCAGGGAAGAUCAUCCAGUAUAUAGCAAGUGUGUUUAUUGUGCAGAGCAAAGAACUCUCCAGAAAUACAUAUCCAUGCAGAAGGUUCCAUAGUAUAUUCAAAAUACUUCCAGUCUAG